UUGAAAGGGAGAGCAGUUGUGUUGGGUUGGGGUGAGGAGUUUCAGUUGGUGAUGGUGUUGAGGAUAUUGGGAGUGAGGAGGACAAGUGAGGGUACAACAGUAAUUUCACAACCGCCGCUGCUGCUGGUGGCUCUCUCAUGGUUGAUACUUGGCAUCAUCUCCGGUGGUGAUGGUCGUCGGAGAGGAGGAGCGAUCAUCUUCGUUGAGGGCACUGGAAGUGGCAACGGAAGGAGCGGCGGUAUUUUCGGCCUCGUCGGUGGUGGCGGAGGAUUUUUGGGUAUCGGAGGAGUAGGCUCGCCUCCUAAUGUCGGAAUAGCUCUCGCUGUGACGGCCAUGGCUGGUCUCGCCUUGGCCGCCACUCUCGUCUACUCUCAUAGGUAAAACUCAAAUCAAAUCAAUUGAAAAGAUCCCCAAAUCGUCAUCAAAAUCAACUUUUGAAACCCUAUAAAAUCAGUAAGCCGAUCCAAACGGAGACAUAUCGACAUAUAUAUAGAGUAUAUUGAUGAUGUUGCAACAGAAACCCUUGAUGAGAGCUCUCCGGCGGAGUCACACUUCGUCACCGUCGUCAUCUUCAUCAAAUUCCUCUUCACCGUCGUCAUCAUGGAUUCAUUUGAGAUCGGUUCUCUUAGUCGUUGCUUCCUCGUCCUCCUCACCAGUUUCCACUGAUCGGGGUAGUCUUAAAUCACCAUGGUCUCGGAGGAGAAGGAAACAUGCUCUUCUGCUCAAGCAGUGGAAAAUUUUAUUUAAUUCAGACGGAAGACUCUGUGAUGGUGGAGUCAAGUUUUUGAAGAAAGUUCGGAGUGGAGGUGUUGAUCCAAGUAUAAGGGCCGAGGUUUGGCCUUUCCUUCUUGGCGUCUACGACUUGAACAGUUCUAAGGAAGAUAGAGAUUUGAUUAGAACUCUGAAGAGAAAAGAAUAUGAGACCUUGCGGAGACAAUGCCGACAAAUCCUAGAAUGCAAUGAUGAGAAUUUCAAGUUGAGAGAAACUUCUGGAACCAAAGACGACAGCGGUGACCUUAGUCAAGUUGGUUAUUCUCCUGGAUCAGAAGAAGUUGGUAGUGCCUUGGAUUCCCUUUCUGCUGAGGGAGUGAGCCCUGUUGAUGAGGAUACCAACCACCCUGUCUUUGGAUCAGCCCUUGGAACAUCUAACACGGUAGUGGAACAAGAUGGGGGUGAGAGUGGAAUCACUUGUGAAAAUGCCUCUGAAGCUAGCACAGAAUCAUCUGAAUCUGAAUCUGACUCCUCUGAAGAUCCUGAGAACACACAACCUUCAUUUGCUGAAGGAAGAGCCGAAGGACCUGUUAUUAAUGAGCAUGCUGAAGUGAAUACUACUUUCUCCAAGUCAGGAUGUGGAUUAGAAUCCCACACAGCUGAAGAUUUUGCUACAUGGCAGCGGAUCAUCCGCCUUGAUGCCGUGAGGGCAAAUGCUGAAUGGAUUAUAUACACGCCAUCCCAAGCUGCAGUGUCAGAGAUCAAGGCACAGCGAAUGGCUGAGAGUGUUGGGUUGAAGGAUUAUGACCACUUAGAGCCAUGUAGAAUCUUCCAUGCUGCUCGUCUAGUUGCCAUACUUGAAGCCUAUGCACUAUAUGAUUCUGAGAUUGGUUACUGCCAGGGGAUGAGUGAUCUACUCUCUCCAAUUAUUUCAGUUAUUGAGCAUGACCAUGAUGCCUUCUGGUGCUUUGUCGGUUUCAUGAGGAAAGCUCGGCAUAACUUCUGCCUUGAUGAGGUGGGAAUCCGAAGGCAGUUGACCAUCGUGUCUAAGAUUAUCAAAUGCAAGGACUCUCAACUUUACAGGCACCUGGAGAAGCUUCAAGCAGAGGAUUGUUUUUUCGUGUACAGGAUGGUGGUGGUUCUCUUCAGGAGGGAGUUGAAUUUUGAACAGACACUUUGCCUCUGGGAGGUGAUGUGGGCAGAUCAGGCAGCAAUUAGGGCUGAGAUUGCCAAGUCUGCAUGGGGUAGGAUGAGGCUAAGAGCCCCUCCUACUGAUGAUCUGCUGCUUUACGCAAUAGCGGCCUGUGUGCUUCAGAAGAAGAAGCUGAUCAUAGAGAAGUAUAGCAGCAUGGAUGAAAUCAUGAAGGAAUGCAAUAGCAUGUCUGGACAUCUGGAUGUCUGGAAGCUUCUAGAUGAUGCUCAUGACUUGGUGGUGACUCUCCAUGACAAGAUUUAAGAAAACCUUAAUCGAAGGCCUUGACUCACUUUGUUGUUCUUUGACCGCUUUUCCAUUUUUAUUUUGUUAUUGCAUUCUCUGCCUACCUCUUUGAAACUGCGGAGAUCUUCAAUUUUCUCUACGCGAUAGUCUAUUCCUGUAUGAAGUAAGUUACGGAAUUCAUCAUGUAAUGUAAUGCCCGCACUCGGAGCUCAUUCAGAGUGAUGGUGGCAGCACACAAUCAAGUAAAUUGGAAUGACGAAAUCCAUUU